AUGAGCGCUGAGCCGCUAUUGGAGGAGCUGCUGAUUAAACGGUCGCAGCAGAAGAAGAAGACGUCUCCACUGAACUACAAGGAGAGACGCUUUGUGCUGACAAAAAGCACGCUGAGCUACUACGAUGGGCGUGUGGAGAGGCGCUACAGAAAAGGUUUUAUCAAUCUGAGUCAGAUCAGGUGUGUGGAGAUUGUGAAGAAUGGAGGCCACAUCAUCCCCUGUCAAAACAAAUAUCCGUUUCAGGUGGUGUACGACAACACAACGCUCUACGUGUUUGCUCCGACUCACAACAGCCGGAGCCAGUGGGUGCAGAGCCUCAAGGAUGAGAUUAAGAAGAACUCUCUGGUGGCGAACAAGUUCCACCCUCAGUUCUGGCAGGACGGGGCCUGGCUCUGCUGCCGACAGGUCGACAAGACGGCCCCCGGGUGUGAGGAGUACCAGCUGUUUGGAGACAUUUCCCGAAAACCGCUGCCUCCCAUUCCAGGAGAAGAGAGGCGUCGGAAAGCCCCUCCGGCCCCCCCUGCUCCCUCCUCCCCGGACUCUGCCCUGGACCCGGUGGAGGUGGUGGUCGUGGCGCUGUACGAUUUCCCCGGAGCCGAGCCUCACGACCUCAGCCUGGUCAAAGGACACGAGUACGUCAUCGUGGAGAAGUGCGACAUCAACUGGUACAAAGCGCGCAACAAAUACGGGGAGGAGGGCUACAUACCAAGUAAUUAUGUGACGGAGAAGAAAUGUGGAAACCUGGAGCAGUUUGAGUGGUACAGUAAACAAGUGAACCGAAGCAAAGCAGAAGAGCUGCUCAGGAAAGAGAACAAAGAGGGAGCGUUCAUCGUCCGAGACUCGAGCACAGCUGCAACUUACACCGUGUCCGUUUAUGUCAAGUCUCUGGGAGAGGGGCGGUCUGCGAUCAAACAUUACCACAUUAAGGUGGCCCAGACUUCACCAAAGCAGUAUUAUCUGGCAGAAAAACACCUGUUCAGCAACAUCCCUGACCUGAUCGAGUACCACAAGCACAACGCUGCAGGUCUUGUUGCCAGACUGAGAUAUCCAGUCGGAAAACAAGACUCGUCAGCUCCUUCAACAGCCGGCUUCAGCUACGAUAAGUGGGAGAUAAACCCAAGUGAGCUGACGUUCAUGAAGGAGUUGGGCAGUGGGGAGUUUGGACAGGUGCGACUGGGAAAAUGGAGAGCUCAGCACAAAGUGGCCAUCAAAGCCAUCAGAGAAGGAGCCAUGUACGAGGAGGACUUCAUCGAGGAGGCCAAAGUCAUGAUGAAACUGACGCACCCACGGCUGGUGCAGCUGUACGGCGUGUGCAGCCAGCAGACGCCCAUCUACAUUGUGACAGAGUUCAUGGAGCUGGGCUGUUUGCUGAACGUGCUGCGGCAGAGAAAAGGGUCUCUGAGUAGGGACGGGCUGCUCUGCAUGUGCCUGGAUGUGUGCGAGGGCAUGGAGCACCUGGAGAGGAACUGCUUCAUCCACAGAGACCUGGCUGCUAGGAACUGUCUGGUGAACGACUCUCUGGUGGUCAAAGUGUCUGAUUUCGGCAUGACCAGAUACGUGUUGGAUGACCAGUACACCAGCUCAUGCGGAGCCAAGUUCCCGGUGAAGUGGUCUCCUCCUGAGGUUUUUAACUUCUGCAAAUACAGCAGCAAAUCAGACGUGUGGUCGUUUGGUGUGUUGAUGUGGGAGGUCUUCACUGAGGGCCGCAUGCCCUUUGACCAGAACUCAAAUCAUGAAGUAGUCUCCAUGGUAACGCAGGGUCACCGCCUGUACCGGCCCAAACUGGCAUCAGAGACGAUCUACGGCAUCAUGAACACCUGCUGGCACGAGAGACCACAAAAGCGCCCGACUUUUAAAGCACUAGUUGCCAAAAUAAAUGAGCCCGAUCACGCCCCUCUCCAGUGUCUCCCCCUUUCUCCCACAGCAGCAGCUCCAGCGCCUCAAACAACAACACUAGUCCCGCAUCAAAGCCCCACACACCGGCCAGAACCACGGGCCAUCCCUGCUAACUACCGCAGCUCCAAACACCCUCCCGACGCUAUGAUGCGAAAGGAUCUAAAUAAGCCGAAGGGGAAGACCUCAGCGUACGCCUUCUUUGUUCAGACGUGUCGUGAAGAACAUCGUAAAAAGAACCCAGAACAGUCUGUAAACUUUGCAGAGUUCUCCAAGAAGUGCUCAGAAAGAUGGAAGUCCCUGACUCCCAACGAUAAGAAGGUGUUUGAAGACAUGGCCAAAACCGACAAAGCCAGAUACAACCGAGAAAUGAAGGACUACAUCCCCCCCAAAGGUUUUGGCAAAAGAGGACGCAAAAGAAAAGACCCCAACGCACCCAAGAGACCCCCGUCUGCAUUCUUCGUGUUCUGCGGCGAGUACAGACCCACAGUGAAGCAGCAGUACCCAGGUCUGUCCAUCGGAGACUGCGCCAAGAAACUGGGAGAGAUGUGGUCCAAACUGGGUCAGAACGACAAGCAGCCAUACGAAGAAAAAGCCCAGAAACUCCGGGAGAAAUACGACCGGGAUAUGGUGGCGUAUCGCGGCGGAGGCACUUUGGCCAGAAAUCCCAGCUCUUCAGCUCCGGGUCCAGAGGAAGAGGACGAUGACGAGGGGGAGGACGAGGACGAUGAAGAGGACGAUGACGAGUAG